UGUGGCGGGGUUCCGGGAACAGGCCGGGGCGUGGCAAGGAGGCUCGGGCCGCGCGGGUCGCUGAGGUUGCGGCGGCACCGCGGCCCUGUGCUUGGUCCGUCUGUUCUCCCGUCUGUCUGUCUGUCUCGCCAUGGCUGCGCCGGCGCCCUCUCCGCGGACCCUGUUGCUGCUGCUGCUGCUGCUGCCGCCGCCUCCGGGUGCCCAAGGUGAGCUGUGCAGGCUUGUUGGCGAAGACAGCCUGAUCCCAGAGUCCUGUCCUGAUUUUUGCUGCGGCUCCUGUUCCAGCCAAUACUGCUGCUCUGAUGUGCAGAAGAGGGUCCAGUGGGAUGAGGAUACGUGUACUGAGCCAGAGGCCAGAUUUUCCAUCCACCCGGAGACACUGGAGCAGCUGGGUUCGGCGCUGAGAUUUCGAUCCAGUUUUGACAGUGACCCCAUGUCAGGGUUUGGAGCGACUGUCGCCAUUGGCGUGACCAUCUUUGUGGUGUUCAUCGCCACCAUCAUCAUAUGCUUUACCUGCUCCUGCUGCUGUCUGUAUAAGAUGUGCUGUAACCGACCACGCCCCGUCGUGACCAACACCACAACCACUACUGUGGUUCAUACUCCUUACCCUCAGCCUCCAAGUGUGGCCCCCAGCUACCCUGGACCAACGUACCAGGGCUACCACCCCAUCCCCCCUCAGCCAGGAAUGCCAACAGCACCCUACCCGACGCAGUACCCACCACCCUACCUGGCCCAGCCUGUGGGUCCACCAGCCUAUCAUGAGAGCUUGGCUGGAGGUUCAGCUGUACCCUGCUCUGCCAGCCAGCCUCCAUACAACCCGGCCUACAUGGACCCCCAAAGGCAGUUCCCUGAGCCUGCUCCCACCUCUCUGGCUGCCAUUUGAUUAUGUCAUGUGUGAGUGAGUGGUAUGCAGAGUUCUUUCCUGCUCUCUGUGCUGUGUGUGCCUUGUCUAAACAUGUGGCUUCCUCUGAUGCUGACCAGGUAGGCACAGAUCCUUACCAGUGUGGCUUGGGACCAACCUUGUUUUCUUCCUCACUUAAAAUUCUACUUUCUGAAAUCUCAAGUAAAUUAAAAAUAUUGGGGUAGGAAGUAUUUCCCAGUUCACCCCAGGGUGACCAGCCGUGGUCUGUCACACUUAGGAGAGCAAGCUUUUUGUGGGCACAAAUCCUGCUCUGGAGGGUAGCCAGCUAGCUGCUGCUCAGGGCCAUGGCUUGUGCCCAGGGCUUGGCUGCAUUUUGCAGUGAGGCAGGUAGGUAGGCAGAACAAGGGGCCCGGCUGCAGCUCAGUGGUGGGUCAGCUCCUGAUGUCAGCACACCAGGCAGAGCAUCAUCUGCCCACCGUCAGCUGUCUAGAC